CGGGAUCCAACAAACCACAGAGCAUCUCAUCUGGUUCCCUGUACCAUCCUGAUCCACACACCCGCCGGGAAGAUGGAGCCACGCUUGCUGAUGCUGGGGCUAUUCUCAUUCAUAAUAUUACCCAGCUGUCUGACAGAGAUAUGCCCGUAUGACCUACCAAAGGUCCCCAAUGCCACGUUCAAAGCUCUCUCCUACAAGAAUGGCACCAUCCUAAACUGUGAGUGCAAGAGAACGUUCCGAAGGGUAAAUGAGUUGGUCUACAUAGUUUGUUUAGGAAACUCAUGGAGCAACACCUGCCAGUGCACGAGCAACUACAAUGGCAACACAAGAAAGAAAGUUACACCUCUUCCUGAAAACCAAAAAAAGGGACAAACCACAGAAAUGCAGAUAUCAACGACACAGUCUGUGCACCAAGAGAACCUUCCAGGCCACUGCAGGGAGCCUCCUCCAUGGGAACACGAAGAUACCAAUAGAAUCUAUCAUUUCGUGGCGGGACAGAGAGUUCAAUAUGAGUGUGUUCAGGGAUACAAGGCUCUGCAGAGAGGUCCUACCAUGAGCAUCUGCAGAACGGUGUGUGGGAAGACAGAGUGGACUCAGCCCCAGCUCACAUGUGUAGAUGAAAGAAAACACCAUCAAUUCCCAGCUAGCGAAGACUCUCAAGAAAGCAGAGAUCCUGUUCCUGAGAGUGAGACUGUCUGUGCCAUCACCACCACAGGCUUCCCACAACUCUCAGAAGCAGCUACGACUAUGGAGACAUUUGUACUUACAACAGAGUACCAUGUAGCAGUGGCCAGCUGCAUCUUCCUGCUCAUCAGCAUCAUUCUUCUGAGUGGGCUCACCUGGCAACACAGAUGGAAGAAGAGUAGAAGAACCAUCUAGAAAACUAAGAGCAGUCGGAGGCCAAGAGAAGCUGGUGGAAUCAUGAAGCUCAAGCAAAACCUAAGAAGAGAAACACCCACUCAACCGGUGUCUCCUGUUGAUCCCAUGGGUUCUAGAAAGUUCUGAAGCUGCCAGACAUGGCAGCACAUCAGGAAACUGCAACUCUAAGUUGGACUUCGCCAUUGAAGAAUGGGAUCUAACCAUUUCUAAGCAGCAGCUCUAAAGUCUUUAAUGGGACAGAGGGC